GUGGGGGCACUGUUUGAUUCCUGGUGUGUGUGAAUGUGUACGGACACAUAUGUGUCUCCCUUCCUGUUUGUGUUGAGGGAAGCUUCUUCAGUCAGGGCCGGAGGUUCAGCUUGACUUGCGAUCUCGGCGGUGUUUCGGGAGGCUGCGAGGAUGCUGAGCACCAAAGAGGUUGUCUGUCUGGUGCUGGUGUGCCUUCCCGCCCCCUGGCUGGCUAGUGCCAGCAGUUGCCAGGGGCCUGCUCUCAUUCCAGGGAUCCCUGGCAGGCCAGGAGCCCCAGGUUCCAACGGCCAAGAUGGAGUAGAUGGACCCAAGGGUGCACGAGGUCCUCCUGGACAGUCGGAUGAUGCCAGAGAUGUUGGGGAGAAAGGAGACCCCGGGGAGGACGGCUACCCAGGGAAAGUUGGUCCCAAAGGCCCAGCAGGGUCCAAAGGCCCUCCUGGCCCCCCCGGCCCCCGUGGUCCCAAAGGAGAAUCUGGAGACUACAAGACCACUCUCAAAUCGGCCUUCUCAGCAGCCAGGGGGGUUUCCAUGUUGCCCCGGCGUGGGCAGCCCGUCCGAUUUGACCGCGUCCUCAUCAACAUCAACCGUCACUACGAGAACCGCUAUGGCCGCUUCACCUGUGAGAUGCCAGGGCUUUAUUACUUCACCUACCACGUCACUUCCAGGGGUAACCUCUGCAUCCAUAUCAAAAAAGGACAGGGCAGCCGAGGGGAGAAGGUGGUCGGGUUCUGUGACUACGUUCACAACACUUUCCAAGUCACCACAGGGGGCGUGGUACUCCGCAUGGCAGUGGGCGAGUCUGUCUGGCUGGAGCCGACAGAGAAGAACUCGCUGAUCGGGGGGACGGAGGGAGCCGACAGUAUCUUCUCAGGGUUCCUGCUCUUCCCCGAUGUCUGAGAGAAUCCCAGACCACGCAUGCCGCUGGCUUUUAGCCAGACUCUGCAGCUGACCUGCUUUUGUCUCCUGGAAGAUGCCACUCAGCUCUAGAACUCAGGGUCCAACUCCUGUUCAUCCCCACAUGCUUUCAACCAUCGCUCUCGCCCUGUUCAAAAUAAAUACAUGUAUGCUUUGAAGAACAAA